CACAGAUGAUGUACCAUCCAGGGAGCGCAGAAGCCGCUUUGGACUUCUGGCACCUUCAAUGUCUGAGCUGAGGGUUGUUCUGCUGGGGAACAGCUGGUCUGAGAGGAGUUCAGUGGGGAACUUCAUACUGGGAGGGACUGUGUUCAACACUGAGGAAGAACCAGAUCGCUGUCAGGGAGUCAGUGGACGGAUUCAGGAGAAAGAAAUAGUUCUCAUCAACACCCCAGAUCUGCUGAAUCCAAACAUCUCACAACACAAACUAUCAGAACAUGUAGAAACCUGUGUGAGACUCUCUGAUCCUGGACCUCAUGUGUUCCUGCUGGUUCUACAGCCUGAAGAUUUCACUGAGCAACACAAGAAGAGAAUACAAUCAGUCCUUGAACUCUUCACUGAUCAAUCAUUUGAUCAUUCAGUGAUUCUGAUAUCAACACAAAGAGAGGAGAGUUCAGGUUUGAUGGAGAAAUAUGAGGAACAUCCACAGUUAGGAGACAUGAUCCGAAAAUGUAGAUCCAAGUUAUUUUGGCAGAACAACCUUGAACGUCCAGAGCUGUUAGGGAUCAUGGAUCUAAUUGUGAAUGAAAACAAUGGAGAUCAUUUGAUAUGUGAAGUAUUUGAGGAAGCAGCAGCUGUUUUACCAAGUAAACAUGGACGCCUGAAACAAGAGUUCAGAGUCAAUUUGGAUCCUGUUAGAGCUGCUGGGUUGAAAUAUCUCUUGGAUCCAGCAAGAAACACCUUCAGCUGGUUCAGGCCUCAGACAUCACACACUCCAUCACCACCUGAAUGUACAGACAGCCAGUUCUCUACUCUGAGGAUUGUGCUGUUGGGGAAAAGUGAAGACAAAAAGAUAAAACUUGGUAACUUCAUUAUUGGGAAAGAAGAAUUUCAUUACCAAAAAAAUUCCUCCUGUGUGGCCGCCUGUGGAGAGUGGAGAGGAAAAUUAUUGACUGUAGUAAAAACUUCAGAUAUCUUCAGUCAGUCUGAGCAGACAGUGAGAGAAGAAGUGAAGAGGUUCAUGAAUCUGUGCCUCCCUGGACCAAAUGUUCUGCUGCUGAUAGUGAAACCUUCUGAGUUCAGUGAAAAUGACAAAGAAAGACUGAAGUUCAUCCUGAGUUUGUUUGGUCGAGAUGCUUUUAAACACUCCAUGGUCAUCAUGACACACAAUGAGAAAGAAAGUUUCACUGUGAAUCAGCUGAUUAAAGACUGUGGAGGAAGAUACCACAACAUGUUUGACAACAACCACCGACAGUUAAUGAUGGAGAACAUUGUUCAUCAAAACAGAGAAACCUUCCUCACCUUCACUGGAGAGACCAGAAGACCAAAGUCUUUAAACCUGGUUCUGUGUGGGAGGAGAGGAGCAGAGAAGACUUCAGCAGCCAAGGCCAUUUUAGGUCAGACAGAGCUUCAUUCAGUCUCCAACUCAUCAGUGUGUGUUAAACAUCAGGGAGAGGUGUGUGGACGUUGGGUUUCUCUGGUGGAGCUGCCUGCCUUGUAUGGAAAACCUCAAGAGGCAGUGAUGGAGGAAUCAUUCAGGUGUAUCUCCCUCUGUGAUCCUGAGGGUGUCCAUGCCUUCAUCCUGGUCCUACCUGUGGGUCCCUUCACUGAUGAAGACAAGGGAGAGUUAAAGACCAUCCAGAACACAUUCAGCUCUCGAGUCAAUGACUUCAUCAUGAUUCUGUUCACUGUGGAGUCAGAUCCUACAGCUCCAGCUGUUGUUGACUUUAUAAGAAAGAACAGAGAGAUCCAGGAGCUCUGUCAGAGCUGUGGAGGAAGAUAUGUUGUUCUCAACAUCAAGAACAAGCAGCAGAUCUUUGAGAUGUUGGAUACUGUGGAGAAGAUGAGACAGUCUGAAAAUAAACCAUGUUACUAUACAACAGAGACCUUUGCUCAUGCCCAGAAGGAUAAAGUCAUACAACAACAAGCUGAACUUGAGAGGCUGAAAAAGAAGAAGAUCACUGGGGAUGAUGAGAAACAGAGCUCAGAGUGUCUCAGGAUUGUUCUGAUAGGGAAGACUGGCAGUGGAAAGAGCUCUACAGGAAACUCCAUUCUGGGAAGAGAAGACUUUAAAGCUGAACCAAGUCAAACAUCAGUCACCAAAAAGUGUCAGAAAGCAGAGAGUGAAGUGGACGGUCAUCGUGUUGCUGUGGUCGACACUCCUGGUCUGUUUGACUCCACUUUGUCCCAUGAUGAAGUUAAUGAGGAGUUGGUAAAAUGCAUCAGUCUUCUGGCUCCAGGACCACAUGUCUUCCUGUUGGUGAUACCGAUUGGCAGAUUCACACCAGAAGAGAAGGAGACAUUAAAACUCAUCAAGGAAGCUUUUGGAAAGGAUUCAGAGAAGUUCACCAUCAUUCUUUUCACAGGAGGAGAUGCACUGCAGCAUAGCAAGCAGUCCAUUGAAGAUUACAUAGAUAAGAAAUGUGAUGAUUCCUUUAAGAAGCUGAUUGCUGACUGUGGAGGAAGAUGCCAUGUGUUUAAUAACUAUGAUAAACAAAACCGCACACAAGUCAGUGAACUGAUAAACAAGAUUGACUCCAUGGUGAAGAAAAAUGGCGACAGCUGCUUCACCAAUAAGAUGCUGCAAGAGGCCGAGAUAGCAAUAAAGAAGGAAAUGGAGAAGAUCCUGAAGGAGAAGGAAGAAGAGAUGAAGAGAGAGAGGGAGGAACUUAAAAGAAAACAUGAAGAAGAAAUGGAGGCAACGAAAAUACGAAUAGAAACACAGAGAGCAGAGAUUGAACAGAAAAGAGAACUGAAAGAGAAACAACUUCAAGAAAAGAAGGAAAAGAUUCAGAAAGAACGAGACGAGAGAAAGAAAGAACACGAAAAGAGAGAAGAAGAAGAUAAGAAGAGGAGAGAACAGGAAGAAAUUCAGCAACAGGAGUGGGAACACAAACUUGCAGCUUUGGAGAAAAAGAUAAAAUCAGAAUCAGAAGAAAAAGAAUUCAUCAAUAAAAAGCUGAUGGAGAGCAGAGAAGAGAUGAGAAAAGAACGAGAGGACUGGGAGAAGAAACAAAAAGAAAUGUGGGAGAAACAAAAUCAGGAAGAUGAACAGAGACGAGAGGAGGAGCAGAGAAGAAUAGAAAAGCUCCAAAAUGAAUAUAAGAAGGAAAAAGAAGAAAAUGAAAAGAAAAGAAAAGAAGAAAAUCAAAUCAGAAGAGAACAAGAGGAGAAAGAGAGAAAAGAAUUAGAAGAAAAAUAUAAUAAAGAACUGCAGAAUGUAAAGAAAACAAAUGAAGAUGAAGCCAGAAAGAAAGCUGAAGAGUUCAAUGAAUUCAAAGAGAAACACAUGAAAGAAUUUGAAGCUCAGAAGAAAGAACAUGAGGAAGAACUGAAAGACAAAGAUGAGCAGUAUGAUCUGUUACAGGCACUAAAAGCCAACGAUGAAAACGAGAAGAGAGUAAAACAUCAAAAGGAAAUCAGUGACUUGGUGAAAAAUGUGUCCAAAAAAACCAAAUAUCUGAAAAGAAUCAGCAACUUACUGGAAACACAGGAACAGGAAAUGGAAAAGGAGAAAAAUGAAGGUGAAAAGAAAAAUCUGCAGAAAAAACAUGAAGAACAAAUAAGUGAGUUGAUACAAACUCUUAUGAAUGAAAUUGAUGAAGCCAACAAAGCCGGUUGGUGGACCACUUUUAUGAAUUUCUUUUCAUGGUAAAAAUUUGCCAUGAUAGAAAACUAAACUGUAAUACAUGACCAUAGAAAUUACUUGUUACUGAUUGGCUGCCAGGUCUCAGCAUGAAUAUGAAGAAAACAUAUAAAGACAGAGAAAAAGCUGAAGAGUUCAAUGAAUUCAAAGAAAAACACAUGAAGAAAUUUGAAGCUCAGAAGAAAGAACAUGAGGAACAACUGAAAGACAAAGAUAAAGAGUAUGAUCUGUUAAAGGCACUAAAAGCCAAAUAUGAAAAAGA